AUGUCGGCGGGCCGCAGGCCGGCGGCGGCGGCGGCGGCGGCAGCGGCAGCGACCAUCCAGCGUGGCUGGCGGCGCUACGUGCAGACGCGGCUCUUCAGGCUGCUGACGCGGGCGGUGCGCGCCGCGGAGCACUGCAUUACGCACGAGAUCCUGAGAAGGGUGAGCCCCGCGGAAGCGGAACUGAUACGGGAUCCUAGCAUGAAGUGUAAAGUCAGGUUCAGAUUUGCUGGUCAGGAGUUCCCACCUUUCAUUGUGUUUAAGAUUUUUCGCAACACUCAAGGCAAAGGCAGCAGAUACAUUAGUGGAAAAAGAAUAAUAAGUCCAUCAAACGAGGCAGCAGCUGAUGCUUGCAAGUUAAUGGGAUAUCGGAAAUAUUAUGAACAAAUAGUGCAAGAUGAACUUCAGUACCAAAAGCAAAGGAUAACAGAUGAAACAGACAUUGCUACAAUGAAAGACUACAUGCAUUAUAUCAGUAAUCUGGAUGAAACCCCUGCAUACUUUGGUGGCAGGAAUAAUUGCUGGAGAAGGUUGUCUCUGAAAAAUUUCCCUAGGACAAUGAUAGUGUAUGACAUAAUGGAAUAUGCACAGUCCAGAACACUGUCAGACAGACUUAAGAAGGAGCUGAAGUUUCUGCUGCUGCGGCCACAGAAUAAAGAGCUUUGGCAUGAUCAGCUCAUGGCUGUUUCUAAUAUUAGGUCUUCAUUUCCAUGUAAUUCAUCAGUCACCUCUUUGUUUUGCUCUAACCGAUCAACUACAGUGUCUAUGCAGUCAACGCGUUGCUCUUCUAAAGCUCGACAAAAGAUAGCAAAAAUGAAGCAGGCGUAUUUGUGUGAGAAAAAAAGAGAGGCACAGAAACUGGAUAUUAAAAACAGGAGUUACUUCACUGAACAACAAGAAGCUACCAUUUCACAAGUGGAAAAGCCCGAGGAUCAAUCUGUUCUUACAGAUGAAGAAUGGGAACAUGAAGCAGCUAAAUUGUAUGCUUGGUCCCAGGCAUUAUCUCUUGAAGAUGUUGGAUGAUUUUCAUCCAUAGCUAAUGUAUAAAUCUUCAAAAGUUAUGGCAGCUUUAGUCAUUUGAAUGCUUUCAGUCCUGCUUUGAACAGAUUGGAAAUAUAAAAGUAUGGCUUCCUACACCUAUUUAACUAACAAGUUUAGCUAAACAUAGAUUCAUUGCAAUUGUUUUACACUGUGGAAAACUAAAAUAAA